AUGCCCGAACCAUCACCAGGCGUCAAUCACGCCGAUUCUAUCGAUUCGCAGCAUGACAAAGGAAAGAAGGAGGAGAAGAAGAAGAGCCGCCGACCCGCAAAUACGGCGUUUCGCCAGCAGCGUUUGAAGGCAUGGCAGCCGAUCCUGACGCCCAAGACGGUUCUCCCUCUCUUCUUCACCAUUGGAAUCAUCUUCGCACCCAUCGGCGGACUCCUCUUGUAUGCUAGCGCGAAGGUGCAAGAGAUCAAGCUGGAAUAUACCGACUGCGCGAAGGAGGCGACGGAGACACUGAGCGUCAUGGACUCGAAGUAUAUUUCCACCGCAUUUAAGAGUAGCGACCAGACCAAGAAUGCCCUUUGGGCCUCGGAAAAGGUCAAUAUCACCACGACGGGUGGCAUCACAUACGAGACGACACAGUGCAGGAUUCAAUUCAACAUCCCCGAGGACAUCAACCCCCCGGUCCUCUUCUACUACCACCUCACGAACUUCUACCAGAACCACAGACGAUACGUCGCUUCGUUCUCGGAUAAGCAGCUCAAGGGAGAUGCCCUUUCCGUGGAUAAGGUCUCGAGCUCCAACUGUGACCCCCUUAGGACGGAAGAGGUUAACGGCACGAAUAUGCCAAUCUAUCCUUGUGGCUUGAUCGCGAAUUCCAUGUUCAACGAUACGUUCAGUUCCCCUCGCUGGUUGCAAGACGACACCCUGUACGAGAUGAAAAACAACUCCGGUAUCGCCUGGGACUCCGACGCCUCAUUGUACGGGAAAACGAACUACAAAUACAACGAGGUCAUCCCACCUCCGAACUGGAGAGUCCAGUACCCCGAAUAUACGGAGCAGAACCCACCACCCAACCUGGCGGAAUGGCAAGCUUUCCAGGUCUGGAUGAGAACCGCCGGUCUCCCAUCGUUCAGCAAGCUGUACCAGAGGAACGACAAUGACGUGAUGAAGGAGGGCACCUACGAAGUCAACAUUACUGACAACUUCCCUACUUUGGAAUACAAGGGCACCAAGUCUAUCGUGAUUUCGACGCGCACUAUUAUGGGCGGCCGCAACCCCUUCCUUGGCAUCGCAUACAUUGUGGUCGGUGGUAUCUGCAUUCUUCUUGGUGCGGUCUUCACUGUCACCCAUCUCAUCAGGCCGCGAAAACUGGGUGACCACACCUACCUCUCCUGGAACAACGCUCCGGGGUCCAAGGCUGGUCCUACUGGUGCGACGGCUACCGGCCGUGAAAUGCGUCCCGGCGAAGCCUAG